UGAGUUUGGCCGUAGCGGCCAUGGUAAUGAAAUACCGCCAUGGUUUUGCGGCAGCUGCAGAUGCCACAGAAUACUUAAAACUGCACUUGUAUUAUAGGUUCUAAGUACAUAUAUAUCAUAAAUGUUUGGAAAUAUGCAACAUUUGCUUGUUGGCUGAAAUAACUAUUUGCUGAUUCACAUUCAGUAGAUCUAUAUAAAAUAAGUUGAGAGAUAUACUAAAUACUAAUUUGUCAGUGUUUGCAAAAAACUUAUAGCGUGCAUAUCCGGUGCUCAAGAAUAUUCGGCUGAAGUAUAUUUCUUUGAAUCGAAUCUAUGUUCCUAUAUGCUUAUGAGAAUUGAGUUACAUAACACACUGUAAUCUAUUUAAUAAUUUCUAUAUUUUCCUGCUUCAUAUUGGAAACAUUUUUGACAUUUAUUCCAUAUAUACCGGUAAUUCAUGUUAUAUCAGUAUCCUGACAUAUUAUUUGUGAGUGAAAUUAUUGGAACAUUUUUUCUUUACAUAUCUGUGAACUGAUACUGGAUUAAUAAAUUAAUAUUAAGACUUUCAGUUGACUAUUUAAGAAUUUCUCUCUUAGAUGGAAUUACUACAUUGCACUUUUCUAAAUUCCAAUCUGCAAUAAAUUGUAAAUUAUAGUUGUAUUGCAGUGUAAGACCUACGUCAAAAAUCAUCAAUGCUAUUAUCCUGAUUACCAGGUUAAAUAGGUUCAAGAUGCAGGAGCUUCCACCAAAUAACAUCUCUUCUUGUCAAUUAAAAUCGUUAGGUCCUACCGUCCUAACCUCUAACAUCAAGACAUGCAAAGCAGUUCGCCAUAAUAUUGUAUUAGUGUUAACACUAAUACAAUGAUUUGGCAAACUGUUUUGCAAUUAAUUGCUUUUUUGUUUCAUGUUCAAAGUUUUUUGUAUCUUUUCACUGCAUCGAGAAUGAACAAAAGUCAGUGAACAAUAAUUCAGCUUGAAGUUUGUCAAUGAUAAUACUGUAUGUGUAAUAAUAGUAACGUUCUUUGCUAUUUUCAGUGGUUCUAUCAAUAUGUGAGGUAUUUUUUGCGUAAAGUAUUAUUUAAUAAUUCUGGAUUUAACAUGUCUGCACAAGGAUUAGAAGAUAUAGUAGAUAAUGAAGACUUCUAUAGUCUUCUAAAUGCGUCCAGACAGGCUAGUCAAGAUGAGUUGAGGACGUCGUAUCGUAGAUUAUGUAUGCAGUAUCAUCCAGACAAACAUAAUGAAGUAUACAGGAGAGAAGCUACAGAAGUUUUCAACAGAGUCCAGUAUGCAUAUGAUGUUCUCAGCGACCCAAAUAAGAGAUACAUUUAUGAUAUGUAUGGGAGAAAAGGAUUAGAAGCAGAAUGGCAGAUUGUGGAGAGGAAGAAAACACCACAAGAAAUUCAAGAAGAAUAUGAAAGGUUACAAAGAAGAAAGGAAAUGCAAAGAUUGGAAGAGAGAACUCACCCAACUGGACAAUUUGUAAUGAAUGUGAAUGCAACAUCAUUGUUUGACGGACAACCUUAUGAAGAAGAUGAAUUUUAUGACUCAGUUGCAGUUCCUGAAAUUACUAAAUUAUCUUUGUCUCAAAGCGUAGAGGCACCUCUCACUGUUUCUCACACUGCAACAAUAUCUGGGAAUCUUGAAUCGAAGAAUGGCCAUGGUAGAGGAGAUCUAUCUGUUGCAUUGCGACAAGUAAUCUCACCGCUAAUGUGGGGAGAGCUCACAGUUGGCGCUUCAGAUGGGAAAUUCACGACAUUUGGGCUACGGGGAUACAGAACAAUUUCUCAAGGAUUAUUUGCCACGGUGCACAUACCAGCUAGCGUAAUUUUUCAUGACUCGAAUAUUGCCAUAUCACUACCGGGUGUUACAUCUAUCGUUGGUCACAAAAUAAGCGAAAACCUGUUUGGUUCAAUAGAAUUGACUAAAGGACAUGUCGAUCGUUUAUCAACGAGUAUAAUAUAUGAGAAAAAGGCAAUUCAGAUAUUUGGGAAACUCCAGCUUGGUGUGCCAAAUAGUUUCGCCAUGGUAAGAUUGACAUACAAGCUUCCUUCUGACAAAGCUAAAACGAAAGUUUCACUAAAAGUUGGUACUAUAGGAAUUUUAAUUGAAUAUGGUGCUGAACAUCAAGUGUCUGAGUUUUCUACAGUUGGAGCAACAGUUUCUGUAGGAGUUCCUCUUGGUGUUUCAUUGAAGUUGCGGUUGAAUCGUGCUUCACAGACAUAUUUUAUGCCAAUUUUGUUAUCAGAUGAAGUUAAUCCUGUCGCUAUUUUUUAUGCAACUGCACUUCCAGCGACGUUUUAUUUUGCUUUACAAAAACUUGUAGUUCAGCCAUAUCUCAAAAGGAAAAAAAAAGAAGAGGAAGAAUCUGAAGAGAAGACUCAUUCAGAAGAGACUGCUCAGAAAAAGGCAGAAGCCGAGAGACAGGUUAGAUUAAUGCAAGAAUCCGUUGAACGAAAGAUUGAAUUAGAAACACAAAAAUCUGGAUUAUUAAUAACUGAUGCCUGGUAUGGAAAGUUGGUUAAUAAUGCAGCAGAACAAUCGUCAUCUCAUCGUGUUAUCGAUGUUAAAGUUCCUCUUCAAAAUCAAGUUGAAAGUUCAAGUUUACAAUUACCUGAGGGAAUUUCUAAAUCAGGACUUCCUGGUUUCUACGACCCCUGUCCAGGAAGCGAAAAAUCAUUAAAAAUUUUAUAUAAGUUCAGAAAUAAGAAACACGAGGUAUUAAUUGAGGACAAGGAUAGAUUAAGAAUGCCAUUGAGAAGUCAUAUAUUGGAAGGAGACAAUGGUGUAUGACAUUUGCAUGCAUUAACUUUGGUCAGAAAUUUUACCGAAGUAGUAACAUGGAUCCGAUUUUCUUAUGCCACGAUUGAUGUAUUUUGCUUUGCAAAAUAUCACAUAUGACUUCAAGUUACCAGUUUGUGUGACUGAUGUGAGAACUGUAGCGGUGGUGGUUUCCUCCAAUUACUGUAUAUGUAUCUCGGGUUCACGAGGUCUAUUUCCACAUUCCUGUCUGUUUUUGGGCAUGUAGCAUCAAAACUUUCAUCAAGAAUUCACAUGAGAUUUUGGUAUAUAUACCCAUGUGCCAUGUUUGUGUGUUUUUAAUAAUUGUCCGUAACCAUUUGUUGUGUUUUUCGUAGGGAACUUAGGAAAAUAUCAAUUAGUCUUUUGUUGUUUCAAGAAUUUUUGGCAUGGUGCUGAUACAAAUAUCAAAUAUUAAAAACAUUUUUGUACUAGUCAAGCUUA